AUGUUUCGUGCUUUGAGUUUGAAGGCUGCUUCCAGACCAGUUACUGUGGGCCUAUGUGCUCGUCCAGCUCCAAUUGCUGUUCGUUACAUGUCCAGUCCAGCUCCACAAGACCCUAAAUCCAAGGCUUCCUCUGUGUUGGAUGCUUUACCAGGUAACACUCCAUUGACCAAGACCGGUAUCUUGGCCACCUCUACCGCAGCUGCUGUUUACGCCAUUUCUAACCAAUUAUACGUUAUGAACGCUGAAACUAUCUUGCUUGCUACCUUCACCGGUGUUGUGUUGGCUGGUUGCAAGUACUUGGCUCCAGCUUACAACGAGUGGGCCGAAAGCAGAGUCAAGCAAGUUACCAACAUCUUGAACUCCUCCAGAACCAAGCAUGUGGAUGCUGUCAAGGAAAGAAUCGAAUCUGUCUCUGAAUUGAAGAACGUUUCUGAAACUACCAAGGUUUUGUUCGAGGUCUCCAAGGAAACCGUCCAAUUGGAAGCCGAAGCCUUUGAACUUAAGCAAAAGGUUGACUUGGCUGCUGAAGCUAAGUCUGUUUUGGAAUCCUGGGUCAGAUACGAAGCUUCUGUCCGUCAAUUACAACAACAACAAAUCGCUGACGCUGUUGUCGCUAAGGUCCAAAACGAACUAACCAACCCUAAGUUCCAAGAAAAGGUUUUGCAACAAUCCGUUGCUGAUGUCGAGAAGUUGUUGGCUAACUUGAAAUAA